AUGGCCCGACACGGCCAUCGCCGCGAGAGCCGCAAGAAUCCUUUGGUAAAGUUGAGCGGGGAUCUCGCCAAGAUCAACGCCGCCAAAGUCGAGAGAGUGGUUGGCAGAGCAGUGAACAAUGAGAUUAGCCUUACGGAUGGGCUGAAAGUCGACAUUGUCGAUCUCCACAGCGAGAUGGUGAAGGGCAUGCAAGGUACUUCGGCCGGUCCCAAAUCCUCGAUGGUCGCUGACUAUGAAGCAGGAAAUUCGAAUGCCACAUUCGUGGAUCUGCAGCCAUUCUUCAAAUACGUCAACAAGGUGAGGCCACAACUCGACGCAAGCAUCAACGAGAUGUCGGGUAGAGUCCUUGCCGGAUUGGAGUCAGUACACCCCGACCUUAUGGCUGUGCUGUGCAAGUAAGCUGACCGCUUCUAGCGUUGUGAGGGGGAAGGCUACCUUUGCAGAGGAGGACGGUUACAUCGUCACUGCAAUGGAGCCGGUACACGACAAGGUCCGCGCGCUCAAAGGUACAUGUCCUCCACUUGAAGACAAUCGCGCUCUGCUAACACGUCGUAGCCACGAAGGGUGCGAAGAAGCCUCCCAAUGGUUGGCCCCAAUACCGCGAAGAGAUCUUCAAGCAAGAGUUGACCCAGAUCAACGGCAUCUGGGCGGCGGUCUACAAGGGCAUCGAGACGGAUCUCAUUCAACUUCUGACGCAAGAGCGCCAAACCCUCGCCGAGAAUGUCGGACAUGUCUUCAACGAAAUCCACGAGGGUUUCAACCUGAUGUGCCCAGCAACAGAGGCCGUCGAUCCAGUGGAGGAGGCACUUCAGGACACGCUCAAGGUCCAUCUCAGGAAGGCCGAAGAGUACCUCGAGGGACCGAUGCGGCAGGCUCUGGACAAGCUGAUGGUGGAUUUUCGGUAG